ACUCGACUUACACUGUCAAAGUUCCGUUUGUUAUUGUUAUUGAGAAUGCCAAACAAAUUUUCUUAGCGCACCUUGACUUUCCGGCAGAAAAAUAACAGUCGCAUUUUGCAUUUCGAUGCCCAACCAGCCCGAAAUGACUUUGAGUUGCUGCCGGUUGUGUCUGCUCAACGGUUCCGAUCUCCUCCCGGUUCGGAAGCUUACAGUCAACCCAAAUGGAACCGACGCCCGCCGAAAUGCUGUAAUGCCGGCUCUGUCCCAACUCAUCAUUUCUUAUUUGGCGAUUGAGCCUGUAAUUGAUAGCACAAAAGUGACGAACAUCUGCUCCGACUGUCGGAACAUGAUCGCCAAGUGGCACUGGUUUCGGGAGUCCUGCCUCCAGAAUGAUGCUGUCUUCCGAAGAAUGGCCCAAGAUUCGGGAAAGGAUGACGCAGCGGGGCAUAUUGAUUUGUACUACGAAGUAGAGGUGAAACAGGAAGAGGAGCUCGAUAUUUGCGAGGAAGAUUUCGAAGAGAAUAUGUUGACGGGGCAGCUGGAUCCUUCCCCGGAAAGCGUCUCAUCAAAGGAAAAAGAAGGAGAGUCAACGGCUAAAAGAAAGGUUAGACGGCCUCGAAUGCCGAAGGGCAAAAGGAGGAUGCAACCGUGCCCACGAUGUGGUAAAGUAGUUAAGAACAUGGCCCGGCACUUGAGAAUGCACAACAUAGUUCGGCGAUGCUUCCAGUGUCCACAUUGUGCGAUUAGUUUCUACACUAAAGGAAAUUUGAAAAAACACAUAAACAUUCACACACUAGAAGUUAAACACACCUGCCAGGUUUGCGACAGAAUUUUCGCGCGAGAUGAUACCCUUAAACGCCACGUCAAGCUCAUGCACCUGGAAAAGCCACCCUUCAAGUGCCCGGACUGUGCUGAAGUGUUCCGUUACAGGGUCGGUUUAGCAAGACACCAAAAGUCCCACAAAAAGGCAUAUCGUGAGUCAAGUGUCAGUGAACGCGAGAAGAUUCUUGCCGAUUAAAGGGAUUUCUUUUAUAGUUCCUCGAAAUCACAAACGACCAAAGAAGUUCACAAUACUCAAGAGGUUAUCUUUGCGUGACGAACUUCAUGAAAUUCGACGGUUUGAAUUAUGUUCACAAAUAUAGAAUCUAUUAAGCAACGGUUUUUGUUUUUUUGGUUUCCACACAUAUAAAUCGAAAUAGAGCUCCCAGCAUUGCGUUUUCCGCUUCGUCAGUUCUAGAAUGGUUAACAUCAAGUUUUACACCGUGAUUAGGACAUUCAGCAACAUCAAUACUUUAUACACCGUUCGAAAUACUUUUCGCUUUUCGUUUCUUAUCUUUUAUUUCACGUUCUUUGUUAUAUUUGGAUUAUUCUAUCUAUUAAUGCUAGUCGCGCGCACACACACACACGCACGCCUGCCCGUUAUGCCAAUUCUUCAUCGUUAAGUGUUUGUUUUGUAGUUUUUGCUUUGUUAACUACUCGUAACAAAUAAAAUUGUUUGUGUGUGCGCACAACCCUUAAAUGCUAAAGACACGCGCGGUGCGCAAACGUUUGCCGUUAAAUCCAACCUAGCAAGACAUACUAAUAUCCAAGAUUUACGCGCGCGCUAAACGAAGAAAUCUGCACGAAUAAAAGUCGGUAAGAAAAAAAAAA